CCGUGUUCAGCUGGUUCCUGUGUUGGCGGUGGAAGCAUGGCCUGGUUCGUCUUCAACGUCAGUAACGCCACUUUGGGGAGCGCGCUCUCCGGGGACGAGCCGCGGGAUACGCGCGUGGUUCAAGGGAGCAUCGCCGUGCUGUCUAUCAUCUUCAUCACCGCGGGAAUCCUUAACUUCGGGCUCUUGUUGGUGCUGUGGACGCGCAGGAAGCCGCUCUCCCGCAUGCGCGUCUUCGUUUUCCAGCUGUGCGUCGCCGACCUGGUAGUCACGUUCUUCCAGGUGUGUCCCCAGCUCAUGUGGGAGAUCACCGACCGAUUCGCGGGGCCGGACGUCUUGUGCCGCGCGGUGAAGUACCUGCAGGUGGUCGGCAUGUUCGCCUCCAGUUACAUGGUCGUGGUGAUGACCGACCGGUAUCAAGCCAUCUGCAACCCCAUGGUGACGUUCCAGAGGCGCAGGGCGCUUUGGAACGGCCCCGUGUGCGCCGCCUGGUGCGUCUCCUUCGUCGGAAGCCUGCCGCAGAUCUUCAUCUUCUCCCGGGUCGAGGUCGCUCCGGGCGUGUACGAAUGCUUUGCGCAGUUCGUCACGCCGUGGGGACAGGGGGCCUACGUGACCUGGACGACUCUGGUGAUAUUCGUGCUGCCCCUCCUCGCGGUGAUCGUGUGCCAGGUGCGCAUCUGCCAUACCUUGCGCGUCAACUUCCACAUGAAGACCCAGCAGGUGGCGGAGACGACGGCGAUGGGCCAGCCGCCGACCUCCAGGGUCAGCAGCUUGGCGGGGGUGUCCAAGGCGAGGGUGAAGACGGCGAAGAUGACCGUGGUCAUCGUGCUCGCCUACGUCAUCUGCUGGACGCCUUUCUUCACCGUGCAGCUGUGGUCCGCCUGGGACGCGGAGGCGCCCAGUCACACUGCAACCUUCACCAUCCUGAUGCUGCUGGCCAGUCUAAACAGCUGCACCAACCCCUGCAUCUACCUGCUGUUCAGCGGGAAGAUGCCCAAGACGCUGGUGGCCCUCACGCGUGUGCGUCAGCCCGAUCGGAAGGAGUCCACCCAGGAGGAGUCCACCCAGGAGGAGGCCACCGUGGUCGGCUCCCUCUACUGAGCCUGUCGGACCGGUACCAGUGAACACCGAUGCAUCUUGGAUGAGGACGCUGCCACAUUUCUUGUUUGA